AUGAAGGCGGCCCUUCUAUGUCUCUUUGUCGCUGCGGCAUAUACCGCAUCUGCGGUGCCGGUAAAUUCGGAGUUCUCUGAAGACCGUGAAUACCCACGGUUUAUUGAAUUUCCUGAUGGCGAAGGUAUCAUGCACACCGUGGACUUAGAAGCUGAGCUAGACCAUGAACUUCUUAACGAAAUUUCGAGAAACCCAGCUAACAAUAUUUAUUUGUUAUACACAAAACACAACCCCCACUCGCCUCAGACAUUAGUGAUGAACGACAUUGCUUCCAUCUACAACUCCUACUUCAAUCCCCAUGUGCCAACCGUCGUUAUUGCCCACGGCUGGCUCAGCAACCAAGAAACCGACAUCAAUCCAACUAUUAGAGACGCUUUGCUUGAUAAGGAAGACGUCAACGUGAUCGUUUUGGAUUGGAGAAGACUUGCAUCUUCCCUUUACAAUACUGCCGUCAGAGGAGUACCAGCUGUUGGUCGAGGCCUCGGACAAUUUUUGAAUUUCGUGAACUUUGUAACAGGAGCACCUUUCGACUCUAUGCACCUGGUUGGCUUCAGCUUAGGUGCUCACCUUGUUGGUAACGCUGGUCGUGAACUUCAGGGAAAAGUUGCUCGUGUCACAGCUUUGGACCCUGCUGGUCCUCUAUGGAACCUUAACUCCGAUCGCGUUAAGCCUGGAGACGCUAUUUACGUCGAGGGUAUCCAUACUGAUGGCGGUUAUACCGUCGGAGGGCUUGGCAUCGGCUCCAACGUUGGAAACGCUGACUUCUACGUCAACGGUGGUAUCUCCCAACCUGGCUGCAUCACUAACAUUUGCAACCAUAACAAUGCCUGGAGAUACUUUGCUGCUACUGUCAGCUACAACCAUAUUAUUGGAAAGGAGUGCUCCAGCUCCUGGCAAAUUACUUGGAACAGCUGCAAAGGCGACGACCUUCCCAUGGGAAACAACGAUCUAAGGAAAUUUGGUUCUGGAAGAUUCCGCGCAAACACAUCCAGGAGAUAUCCUUACUGA